UUAAGUGAUUAUUAGAACAAUGAAUAUAGAAUAUAUAAUGUUGCCGUACUUUUAAAAUCUUGUUUAAAAUGAUUACUUUUAACAGUGUUAAUGUUAAAAUGUUAACGAAGUUUUGAUUUUAUUGCUGUGGUUUCGUUCAGGUUAUAAAAAUGAACUCAAACAUACAAAAUGGUGUAGAUGUAGAUCCAUUAGCAACAUAUGAUUAUUCACAAUUUCCUAAUUAUCCGCAACAUAUUUACACAGGUGUGACAUAUCAAAACACAUACAAUAACUACGAUGUACAAAACAUACAAUACCCAACAAAUUGUAACAUUAACAAAGAACACGUGGAUUCAAAAUCUGAAUCAACAAAUGAAAACUGUGAUAAUGUAAAAGAAAAUCAAAAUCAAAAUGAACAACCAACAAAAAAGAUUAAGAAAGAUAUUAAACGUAAAGAAAAGAAGAGUUUCCUAUCAGAGAAAAUAGCAGACAGUAAUUUUCCUUUUUACGGGUGUGCGGUAUGCAAUAUUAGUUUUAAAUUACUAUCAGAGUUGGACAAACAUAUAACAACACAUAAAGAUAGAAUAACAAGUUACGGUUUAAGACUAAAGAAUCAAAUGAAGAGAAAGAAGAUGCGUAAAGAACAGAAAAAAUUGAAAAAAUUAAAAAAAUCAAUUAAAAAAGAGAACAACGUAACUGAAAUUGAAAUCAAACCAGAAGAUGGUUAUAUAGGUGAUACGAAAACUGUAGAUUAUAAAGCGACAGAUUCAAUUAAUGAACAAAGCAAUAUAGAUUCUAAGUUGGCGGAUAGUAAAAAAAUUAACGAUGAACCUCAGAAGGAUAAUAAUUUGGAAAAGAUGUUCAAAUGUUUUGCUUGUCAAAAACAGUUCACGUUAAGUUAUUACCUCAAGUUACACGUCCGGUCUCAUACAGAUGAAAAGCCAUAUACAUGUGCGGAAUGUGGUCAAUGCUUCAUCACAGCGAGCAAGUUAGGCAGACAUAAUAAAAGAAUACAUCUAGCUAUCAGACAUCAAUGCAGAAUAUGUUAUAAAUAUUUUUCUAGGUUUGAAUAUUUAACAAAACACUUUGAUAAAAAACAUCCUGAAGAUAAAUUGGAAGGGGAACCUUAUGAUUAUAAUGCAAUAUUACCAUAUUUAAAAGAAUUAGAAGAGCAAUUAAAAAUAAAAACAGACGAUAAAGAACCGGAGAAAUGUGAAAAAUUAUGGGAAGAUUGGCCGAUAGAUGAUUCUAAUAUAUGUACAAAUAUAAAAGAAAUAAAAAAACCCAUAGAAAAUAAUGUAGAAAAUGGAUUAACUACGGUUGUGGUUGAAGUGCCAAAUGGAUUCAUGGAUACUGAAGUUAAAAAAGAAAUUGAAUCCGAUGGAUACAUAUCGGAUAAUAUUAAAGGUGAUCAAGACAGUUGUUCUGAUAGUGAUUACUUCCCAUCAAAUACAUGGGCAGCAUCACCUAAAAUAGAUUCACCGCCUCAAAAAAGUAAACGUCAAAAACACGACCAGCAAAUAAAAUGUGAGAUUUGUGAUAAAAAAAUAAGCUCCCAGUCUUAUUUACAAAUACAUAUGAGAACUCAUACUGGAGAGAAACCAUUUACAUGUUAUGUUUGCAAUCGAGGUUUUAUUACAGCUAGUAAAAUGCAUCGACAUGUUUUGACACACUCCGACAGUUUAGACGAUCCAGCGAUGAAAUUAGAAAUAAAUACAGAUGUUGGAUCUGAUAUUGUUCAGAACAAAAAGAAAAAAAGCAAAGACGGUAUAAAUACGAAAUCAAAUCAGAGAUUAAAAAAAAAUCGACCUCACGCUUGCGAGUAUUGCCACAAAAGGUUCCUACAUCAGGCAACACUACAAGUACAUAAGAAAUCUCAUGAUGGUGAAGAAUUGGUGUUGAAAUGUCACUAUUGUCUGAUGAAGAUGGAUGAUGAGGAAGCUCUGAAGGUCCAUGAAGCAACUCAUGAAGGUCCGAAAGCAUAUUUGUGCACUUUAUGUGGAAAAACUUAUAAAAAGAGAGAAACUAUGAUGUACCACAGAAAGCAUCACACAGCUGACAAGGAAUACACUUGUGAUAUAUGUUCUAAAAGUUUUCCUUCAUCCCGCAAGUUAGAGAAGCACAUAGCAACUCACAGAGCGGACCAGUACGUUGUCAGAUACGAGUGUCCUGUCUGUGCUCACAUGUUUAACACUAAAUAUCAUAUUAAAAUGCAUUUAGUAACGCAUCAGAAAGAAGGAUUAAUAGUCGAAGCGAAUAGGAAUGAAAUAUUAGCAAUGGUAUUACAAAAUGCACGUCGUAUACCAAAAUAUCCUGAAUCAGGUUUGAAACAAUCACCCGAUGAACAAAAUAAGAGAUGCAACAUAUGCGGAGAAAUAUUUCAACAUUUCUUCUAUUUAGAGGAACAUUUAAAAAGUCACGGUUCAAAAAUAUCUUUGGAAGAUGAUGAUAAAGUUGAAGAGAAGAAACACAUCUGUCAAAUUUGUAGUAAAAGUUUCAAAUUGCAUUAUUAUUUGAAGUUACACAGUUUUACACAUACAAAAGAGAAGCCUUACAUAUGUCAGCAGUGCGGUAAAGGUUUCAUAACUCGGGGUAAGUUGAAAAGACAUUUAGAAACGCAUAGCGGUUUAAAAAAAUACCAAUGUCAUAUUUGUUAUAAGUUUUUUACUAGACCUAGUUAUUUAAGAAUUCAUGUUAGGACAAUUCAUAGUGCACAGGAUAACUUCACGCUUGAUAAACAAUUUGGGAUCAAUAUUAAUUUGGGACAGACUGUUUGAGUGUUUUUAUUUUCAAUUUUAUCAUUACAACUAUAGUCCAAUCGCGGAGCACGAAGAAUUUCGUACAUUGAACUGUCAUUACCUGUCUCUGUCACUCCCGCGUAAAUACAAUGAGUCUCGCUCGCACAGAUACAAUGGCCGCCGUCCUCAGGGAUUGUAAACCUUUUACUGGAGACUAUAAAGUUUGUUCUUUUGUAAUAAAUGUGACAGGCGAGACGUCUUCGGAAAGCAGUUACUCCGAUACAUAGGAAUCGGAUUCUGAUUAUUGAUUUUUUUUUAAAAUUUUUCUGCCG